AGAGGGAGACAGUCAGCAACCGUCUCCAGAGAGAAGGCUGUUUCUCAGAUAGAAAAAAAAAAAGGAUUCGGCAGCUGGGAGGUUUUGCAAAAAAGUAACAAGUGGUUAAACAGAUUUAGGAGCUACAUUUUUUUAUUUUUUUUGGGGGGAGGGAAUUUUACAAAAGGAGACACGAUGAGGCUGAAGCUGAAGCUGCCAAAUCCGGGACUGGAUGACAGGAUCCCGUCCCACGGGGACCUGGAGAAGAUGGAGAAGGACGAGGCUGGGGACCGACCCCAGUGGGACAACAAAGCCCAGUACCUGCUCACCUGCGUGGGCUUCUGUGUGGGGCUCGGCAACGUCUGGAGGUUCCCGUACCUGUGUCAAAGUCAUGGCGGAGGAGCGUUUAUGAUCCCAUUCCUGAUCCUGCUGGUUCUGGAGGGAAUCCCGCUGCUCCACUUAGAGUUCGCCAUCGGUCAGCGUCUGAGGAAAGGCAGCGUGGGCGUAUGGAGAUCCAUCAAUCCUUACCUGGCAGGAGUUGGCAUCGCCUCCAUGCUGGUGUCCUUCCUGGUGGGCGUCUACUACAACACCAUCAUGGCCUGGAUCAUGUGGUAUCUCUUCAACUCCUUCCAAGACCCUCUGCCCUGGAGCCAGUGUCCGCUCAAUGCCAACAGGACGGGAUACGUGGAGGAGUGCGCGCGGAGCACCACCGUCGACUACUUCUGGUACAGAGAAACGCUGAACACUUCAACGGCCAUCGAUGAGUCUGGGGGACUGCAGUGGUGGAUGGUUCUCGCCCUCAUCGCCGCCUGGACUGUGCUUUACGUCUGCUGCAUCAGGGGCAUCGAGACCACCGGCAAGGCCGUGUACAUCACCUCCACUUUGCCGUAUCUCGUCCUCACCAUCUUCCUCGUCCGGGGACUGACUCUAAAAGGCUCCACAGAAGGAAUAAAGUACCUCUUCACACCAGAUGUAGAUGAAUUAAUGAAUCCUUCAACCUGGCUGGAUGCAGGAGCCCAAGUAUUUUACUCCUUUUCUUUGGCUUUUGGAGGUCUCAUCUCCUUCUCCAGCUACAACUCUGUGCACAACAACUGCGAGCUGGACGCUGUCCUCAUCUCCAUCAUCAACGGCUGCACCUCGGUGUACUCGGCAACGGUUAUCUACUCCAUCAUCGGCUUCAGGGCGACACAGAAAUACGAUGAAUGCUUCGGAGACAAUAUCUUGAAGCUGAUGAACACUUUCAACUACCCCGAGAACAACAUCACACAGAGCAACUACGACGAAAUUCUGACUCACCUCAACCACACGAGUCCGGAUGUCAUCCAGGGAUUGUCCCUGCAGAACUGCGACAUGCAGACUUUCCUUAGCCAGGGUGUGGAAGGAACAGGACUGGCCUUCAUUGUGUUCACAGAAGCCAUCAUAGAGAUGCCGAUUUCCCCUCUUUGGUCUGUUCUCUUCUUUGUCAUGCUCUUCUGCCUCGGCCUCUCCACUAUGUUUGGCAGCAUUGAGGGUGUUAUAGCUCCUCUGCUGGAGCUCAAACUGCUACCCAGGAGUUGGCCCAAAGAAGUUAUCAGUGGUCUGACAUGCUUCAUAUCUCUAGCUCUUGGGCUCAUUUUCGCUCUUCGCUCUGGGAACUACUGGCUGGCUCUUUUUGACAACUUUGCAGGCUCUAUUCCGCUCCUGGUCAUCGGAUUUUUUGAAAUGAUUUCUGUUGUCUACAUCUAUGGCAUGGACAGGUUUAAUAAGGACCUUGAGUUUAUGAUCGGCCACAAACCCAAUAUCUUCUGGCAGGCGACGUGGAGAGUGAUUAGCCCCCUCAUCAUGAUUUUCAUCCUGAUUUUCUACUUUGUCACCCAAGUCACGAAGGAACUCACCUAUCUGGUCUGGGACCAGGAGGCGGAGAGCUUCCCCACCCUCGCUGAGCGUUACUACCCACAAUGGGUCUACGCCAUGAUCUUCAUCCUGGCUGGAGUUCCCAGUUUAGCCAUCCCCAUCUUUGCCCUUUACAAGCUCAUCCAGAGGAAAUUCUGCAAAAAGGACUACAGCGACAGUACAGUGGACACAAUCUCUGCCAAAAUACAAAUGAGUGACAAAAUGAAGUUUUAGAUAAAUGUACUUCUUUUGGCUAUUUAAUAUCAACGAACUUGUAAAUUAUGUUUAUUGGACUUUGCUGGUGUGUUGUAAUGAUGCAACAACACGCCGAAGAUUCACUGUUAUCUUUGAAAGGCAAAGAUAGAGACGACUAAAUACUCCACAAGAACAGAGAGGUUUGUUCUCUCUGCCAGGGCUGCAAGAACAACGUCCAAGUUCUUUCAUAUAUAACCCUUGUGCACAACUUCUAGAAAGCCAUCAUAGUUUCCCCAACAAUGUCUGUCAAGAAAUAUCAAGGAGCUGUAAAAACAGAAUCACGUCACUUCGUUCUUGCAUCCUUGGGAGAGCGAACAAAUGGCUCUGUUCUUACAAAGCAUGUAUAGGCCUUACGUUUUAGUGUUUUUACUAAAGAAAGCAUCCAAUUAUGCCAUGCAAUGACAGCAGUAAAGGUAUUAUUGACUAGGUUAAGGCAUAAAGGGAUUGUGAAUAAUACACUUACGUAGUAUGAAAAUGUCGCACUGUGUACAAUAUUGGCAAUACAAAUAGCAUGAGCAUCAUGGGCUUGUGCAUGAAGAUGUACUUAAAGACAAACUAGUUGUAUCUCUGUAUGCUAGUACAGAAUAAACAGUGAAAUGAGACACUGAGCUCUGUAGAACCUUUAUUAUUUAAAUAGUUUGGGAUAAAUAAGAAUUCACCUAAUGGGAAAGUCACAUAGCAACACAAACUGUUUGAGUUGAUGAAAUAUCAGAAACAUUGUUGUAAGCACUAAAAUUAUUGAUCUUGUUUGAGGGUUCUGGUUGAUUUGAGCAGUACUGUUGACGUUUGGGAACCUAGUUUGUAAGAUGAACUGGGGUUUCUGAUUGGGGAGGAACCAUGUUGUUCAGUAUUUGCCCCAAGCAUGAGCGGCUCUCCUCUCUGUAUUGUCCAUGCGGGGGCGGGGGGGGCAAAUCAAUCCAAAGUACAUCUUUGGAUUGAUAUAUGGGUUACUCCAAUAGAACCAUGAAUGGGUUUAGUCAUGAACAGAACAUGGGGGGGACAUAAAGUAAUACAUGAUCUGUUUGGUAAUACUGCUUAGGGUACUAAAAAUUGAGACACUUUGAAUGUUUGGUCAAAAAUAAUUUACAAUAUUUCUGAGUCACAUCACUGUAGGUUACCAGCUCAAUUCAUGAAUAAUUUCCAGAGAAGUAGUUUGUAGUUUGAUCCUUUAAAUACACCAAGUAUUAUUCUAGUUUGGGAAAUUCUCUUUUAACUGUACCUGUUGAAAUUAUUGCUUAAGAAACACCAAUGUCUGUUUUUGACUUCGACAAAUCUUUGCAGUUCUGUUUUACUUCCUAUUAAAAGUAACAUUACAUGUUGGGUUUAUCCAGGUAUUCUCCACUUUCUGCGCGUUGUAUUCUGUACUAAACAAAAGAAAUUGGAACUCAUCUUGUUAAAUGAAAGCUGGCAUCAUCUUUGUUUGCAUAGCCAACAUUUUGGAGGUUGUGUGCUAACCCUAAAUGCUUCAAGUGCUGUUCCGAUAAUAUGCAGCAUAGCUUAGCUAAACCUGAUAGUUAAGCUAGGUUUAUUAAACGUCAAGAAUUGAAAUGCCAGAAUUUUAAAACAGUUUUUGGAGUAAAUGCUUUAGGCUAAUAAAAAUCACAGUUUGUUUUCAAGCUAGUUCAGCUGCUUGUAGCUCAGAAACAUUAGCUUGCAAUUUAUGUGAGCUUCAAUGCAAAAAUGCAAUAGAGACAUGAAAUAAUCUUAUUUCUAAGUCUUAUUAUUCUUUUGAUAUUGUGUUUAAAUUGUUUUUUUCUAAAAUGUUCAAAAUUAUGGUUUAAAUGUUGAAUAUAAGCUGUUUAGAUGGAUAGUUUCUGUUCAUACGUUUGAGCACUACAUAACGUUUGACAUUUCUGUGAUUGGAAAAAUGUAAAAUCACUUUGUCGAA